CACCGACAUCCACCCCCAGGGAAGCGCUACACCAGCCCCGGCGCGUGCCCGCGGGUGCGCACGCGCCCGCUGCCACCAGGACGUGACUCGCGGAACGUCCGCUCCCGGCGGCGGCAGCGGCGGCCGCGGGGGAAGGGGGGGCAGGGAGGUGCCCCGACAAUGCGUCCAGCUUCUGCAGCCGUUGUCGUCUGGGUUGGGAGCUGUGACCCAGUGCUCUCGGUCCGGCAGUUUGAGAAGCUUCCGCCGGUUUCAGAAGUUUCCUCAAGCGCCUGAGGGCGUUCCUCCUGUGGGGUCUCCACUCAGGCACUUACUUAGCCACCCGUUCACCCUUCAGGGGUCCUCACCACCCUCCCUCAAGCUAAUUAAGUGACGGACGCAGUAACCUAGGCGACCGCCUGAUUGACAGGCAUGAUUACCAACCAACUUCAGGAAUAUCCCACCUGGGCCCGCCUGGCGCGUCGCCGGUGGCCCAAUGAAAGACGAGGAAGCGCCGAAGGGGCGGUAACGGGGCAGCCUAGGUUGUGGCGGUUCCUUGGUGAUUGCGCGCUGGGGCUGAGGCGUUUGCAGGUAUUCGAACGAUGCCGUGACGCAGCGUGGCGACAGCGUUGACAGCGUGAGCGCAUCCCGGUGGAGGGAGCCCUUCGGUCGCGGAGGUGGCGCGGCGUGGAGGCAGAUUGCUAUUUGAGGGUGCUCCCUCGAAGCCCUUCAGUGGGUGGGGGAGGGGCGGCGGACGAUGAGCGGUCCCCGUCUGCGCUUGCGCCGGCACCUCUGCUGACCCGGCCCGCACGCGCGCGCAUGCUCGCUGCGCGCGGAGCCGCGGUGGCUGGCCGCACUGCGCGUGCGCGCUGAAGAGCCCGCUGAGGAGCGGCGCUGGCGGACGUCGGGCGGGCGGCCCGUGACGUCGUGAGAAGCGCUUUAAAGUGCGGGCCGGGCCGGGCGUCCGAGGGUCUGGCCCGGAGACAGGCCGAGCCUUCGCGGCAGCCCUCCGAGGCAUGAGGCGCUGCCGGCGCCCCUGCCCCUCGGGACGUGGAGAAGGUGGAGGAGGAGGGAGCCCCGUUGCCACCACCGCUGCAUGACCUGCCGCCCCUGAGUGCCGACCCCACGCCCGCCCCUUGACGCCCCUCGCCAGGUCCUCCGGCCGCGCAUGGGGGCCUGGCACUGAGGACCUCCCUCCCUCCGGGGCCCCGGGGCGUCCCCUGAGAGCCAUGCCCGCCCGCCCCGGAGGACCCUAGAGCAGCGUCGCGGGGGCCAUGGCGGCCGCCAGCGGUUACACGGACCUGCGUGAGAAGCUCAAGUCCAUGACGUCCCGGGACAACUACAAGGCGGGCAGUCGGGAGGCAGCGGCCGCCGCCGCCGCCGCCGUGGCCGCCGCCGCCGCCGCUGCCGCCGCCGCCGAACCGUACCCGGUGUCCGGGGCCAAGCGCAAGUACCAGGAGGACUCGGACCCCGAGCGCAGCGACUACGAGGAGCAGCAGCUGCAGAAGGAGGAGGAGGCGCGCAAGGUGAAGAGCGGCAUUCGCCAGAUGCGCCUCUUCAGCCAGGAUGAGUGCGCCAAGAUCGAGGCCCGCAUCGACGAGGUGGUGUCCCGCGCCGAGAAGGGCCUGUACAACGAGCACACGGUGGACCGGGCCCCGCUGCGCAACAAGUACUUCUUCGGCGAGGGCUACACGUACGGCGCCCAGCUGCAGAAGCGCGGGCCCGGCCAGGAGCGCCUCUACCCGCCGGGCGACGUGGACGAGAUCCCCGAGUGGGUGCACCAGCUGGUGAUCCAGAAGCUGGUGGAGCACCGCGUCAUCCCCGAGGGCUUCGUCAACAGCGCCGUCAUCAACGACUACCAGCCCGGCGGCUGCAUUGUGUCUCACGUGGACCCCAUCCACAUCUUCGAGCGCCCCAUCGUGUCUGUGUCCUUCUUCAGCGACUCCGCGCUCUGCUUCGGCUGCAAGUUCCAGUUCAAGCCUAUCCGGGUGUCAGAACCUGUGCUUUCCCUGCCGGUGCGCAGGGGGAGCGUGACUGUGCUCAGUGGAUAUGCUGCUGAUGAAAUCACUCACUGCAUACGGCCUCAGGACAUCAAGGAGCGCAGAGCGGUCAUCAUCCUCAGGAAGACAAGAUUAGAUGCUCCCCGGUUGGAAACAAAGUCCCUGAGCAGUUCCGUGUUACCACCCAGCUAUGCUUCAGAUCGCCUAUCAGGAAACAACAGGGACCCCGCUCUGAAACCCAAGCGGUCCCACCGCAAAGCAGACCCUGAUGCUGCCCACAGGCCUCGGAUCCUGGAGAUGGACAAGGAAGAGAACCGGCGCUCAGUGCUGCUGCCCACACACCGUCGGAGGGGUAGCUUCAGCUCUGAGAACUACUGGCGCAAGUCCUAUGAGUCCGGGGAGGACUGCUCAGAGGCGGCAGGCGGCCCCGCCCGAAAGGUGAAGAUGCGGAGGCACUGAGGCGGCCGCACCUCCAGGGAACUCUGGUUAACCCUCAUGUAGCUGCCCCUCCUUUUGUUUCGUUUCGAGGGUUUUUGUUUCUGUUUCUUUUUUGUUUGUUUUUUUAUCUUUAUAUUUUUCCCUUGGUUUGUUGCCUGUUAAGGCUGAAGAACAGAGUUUGUCGGGACCUGGUUAUUGUGUUCUUGCUUUUUCUCCUGCACCGAAAAAGGCUGUUGGCAUCUAUAGGGGACAGAAGCUCAUGCUGGAGUGGCCAGUAGAGGUGUGGGGGGCAGCUGUCCUCAAGUGGGGCUCUGUCAGGCUGGUUUAUUUAAAAGCAACAAAAUGUUUUGGUUAAGAAAAUUCUUGUUUUACUUUAAAUGUAAAUCUUCUUAGUGUUGUAAAUGAAGUUCAGUCUCCUGUCCCCACUCCCCCAGCGAUGUCUGUGCUGGCUUGAAGUCUUCUGGGGCUUGCCAGCUCCAUGGGGGCCUGCUCUCCUCCCACCUCUCACUUCUCCAGGCCCCGGCAGCUCAUGCAAACACCCUCCUCCUCCUGCAGCGGUCGUUCAGGGUGGCUGGGCAGGGGCUUAAAUAAUGCCAGCCCCUGUACCCCAGAGCUAUUGGCUGAGCGCACCCCCACCCCCCCACCCCCGCACUGGUCUGCUCUGCCCAUGGGUCAGUCCCAGGGCUGCUGAGGGCCUGGCUGCAGUGGUCCUGACCUCUCUUGCCAAGAGCACGCCUCUUUACUGUGUUGCUCCUUUCAAGCAUAUGCGUGUGAUUGUAUGCAACAGUUAGACUUGCCAUGUUGGGGCACUUGUAGGAAUUGUUUCUAGCUAGAGGGACUGGUGUCCUUCCAAGUCUAGCAUUUGGGGUAUGGAAAAUUGUUGUGGUGUAUGGUAGAGUUUUUGUUUUCUUUUGUUUUGAGGUUUUAUUUUUUCCUUUGGUCUCCUGGCUUUUUCCUUUCCCUUUCCUUUCUCCUACAUUGGCCAGCUUAGGCCUUCUCCCCGUGUCAUCCCCAUAGGAAGGCGCCUGCCCCCUCUGUACGCCUGCAGCAUGCAUCCAAGGCCAGAGCUCAGGCCUGCAGACUGGGUUGGUGCCUCCUCAGCCUCAGGGGCGUGGGAGCUGAGGAAGGGGCUUUUAAAAAAUAGUAAUAAAAGGAAAAAAAAGGUAAAGUCUUUGGCAGUUUCUGUUUACUCAGAUUCUCAAAGGCUGCAAGGUUUUGCUGAUCUAGAUUUGUCAGAAAUGUCUCCUUGCCAGCCAGGGCCAAGACCCCAGCCUGCUGAGAGUAGAGACCCUCCCAGUCACCAGGCUGCCACCACCCCAGAGGGCCUUGUCUUACAGAGGCCCAGGCCUGAGGCUGCAGAAGUCUGGGGCAGUCACCAUCAAGGAGCCCCUCUCAGGGGCCAGAACUCCUUUGCCAGCGUGGACUCCUCACGUCGGGACUGCAUAACUAAAGCAGUUGCAGUUUUAUUUUUUUUACAGCUUUUUUCCCAAAAAUGAUUUGUAGUUGUGUGUGCAGCACUUUGCCCUGAUAUGUGUGCUCUACAAUAAAAACCAAAUCUAAUAUAUUUUGAAACAGUUGUCUGAUGCUGUUGUAAGAGAGGGCUCGCCUUUUGUGCUUCCUUCAUCCCUUUAUUUUCUCCUUAAACUCUGAACGGGGCAGGGGGCAGGAAGCAGAGCUCAUUGCCCACCAGAGCCCCAGAGGAGUCGCUGAUCCAGGGUUGAAGGCUAAAGGUGGACUUGCUUACUGCCGUCUCUUCCGUUCCAAGGAUUUCAUAAACUGAGUCUCUGGGUGCCCAGGGCGCCAUGGGCCCACAGGGGCCAGGAUCACACCCUGCUGAGUUGUGGAAGCCCCUCUUCUGGGAGUGAUCAGAGAGGCUGCAUGCCAGUGGAAGGACAGCAUGAGCAAAGGUAGGGGAGGGCCUUUGUAGAAGAUAGGCAAAUGGUUUUUCUUAUUAAACAAAUUCUUGAGUUCCUACUGUAAGCUGGCCAAGCCUUCACUGUGGCCCCAAUAGUGAGCAAACUCUUCUGGUCCCUGCUUUUUAAGAUGUGUGCAGUAGAGGUGUGGGAUACGGAUAUAGGUGUGAAGCAGACGUUUUGGGGUGGAGACGAUCGGGACCCAGAGGGUUUUAGUUCCUCUAGAUCCUCGACCUGGCUCCCAGCUUCUGGUCAAGGGCUUUGGUUGAGAAUCUCCUUCAUUUGCUUCCAGUGACCAGAACAAGUGUGCUUGGCCAAAUUCUUACUGUGGAAACCUGGCAAGCCACUUAACUGCCCGUUUAACAGACGAGAAGAAAGAGUCCAGAGAGAGCAAGUGACCAGUUAGGGCUCAGUCCUGCAAAUUGGUGACAGGAUAUGAAGAUGGGGGCCAGAGCCUCCAUGUGGUCUGUGGCCAGUUGAGCCUGCAGGGGUAGCCACUGGGCUGGGCAGACUGGUCCUGGAUGCCCCAGAGAGGACACAUUGGAACUGAGAGGAAAGUGAUUUGCCAAAGAUCAUCCAGACUGUACAUGGCAUAGGUGGGCACCCCCCACCCUAUGCCUGGGCCCCUGACACUGGGAGUGUAGGAUGGGGUCUCUUGUGGAGAGCUGGGAGGAACUCUCUUCUGUAGCUGUGACAAAGCCAGACCUAGGCUUUUCCUAGGCCCCUGGGCAAAAGAGGCCCUUCACCCUGCAGGAGUGAGGGACAGGAGAAGUUAGAGCAAGGAGCUCCAGCCCCAGCAGGUCCUGCUGUGUCACUGGCUUCAGUCUCUGCACCUUUACAGUGGUUCUGUGGCACCCAUCUCUGGGACUGUGAUAAUCCUCUGAGCAGUCCCCAAGCCUGUGGAGGCCUUAAGAGAAUGUGGGGGUCCCAUACCUGACUCCCUGAAUCUGACUGUUCCCAGUCAUCUCCUGGGGCACCAACUAUUUGGGCCAGGUGCUGAGUACCAUCAGUUUCUGACCCCAGCCCAGUCUUGCCCACAGUAGGUGCUCUAACAUCAUUUGCACCAGCCCUGCCCACCUGGGGAACCCAUCCCAUUCCUCCAACUCUGUUGUGUGGUGAGGGAAACUAAGGCCCCAAGUCAUGUUCAUUCAUUCAAUAUUUGAAUGCCCUACUGUGUGCCAAGCUCUGUACUGGCUGCUGAGGAUGCAAGACAGACCUGGUAUAUGUCACAUACACACAUACAUGAAAGGUUAUUAUAAAUUGUACUGAUAUAAAAGAUGUGUAGCACAUAAAUUGCAAAUAAUAAAAUAUUCAAUAUUCUUUAUUAUAAAUUCUGUAUAGCCACUUGUUUCUCACGGAAUGCUUUGUUGAUUUUUUUUGCUGAGUUCUCAUAUCUGUAGCCUACUGUGGUUGUAAUUCAACCACAGCAUGGCUAAUGGAGUUGCAUCCCGUCUGCUUGCGUUAGUUUCCUAGGCUGCUGUAACAAAUGACCACAAACUUGGUGGCUUCAAACCAUAGAGAUUUAUUUUCUCACAGUUCUGGAGGUCAGCAGUCCAGAAUCACUAUCACUGGGCCGAAGUCACAGUGUGCGCAGGGCCACAUUCCUUCCGGAGGCUCUAGUCCUCGCCUCUGACAGCUUCUGGUGGCUGUUGACAUUCCUUGACUUGUGGCCACGUAACUCCCGUCUCUGCCUCUGUGGUCAAGUGGCCUCCCCUUGUCUGUGUCUCCCGCCUCACUCCUUAGGACGCUUGUUGGAUUUAGGGCCCUGGAGAAUCAAAGAUAAUCUCCCGUCUAAAGAUCUUUAAUCAUAUCUGCAAGGUAAAAAAAUGUAAAAAUGUACAAAAUUUUUUCAAGUUCCAGGGAUUAGGACCUGCUGUAUUUGGGAGUCCCUGUGUAGCCUACUAUGCUGCUCUUCUCCCAAUAAAUUUAUCGUCAUUAAAUCUGACAUAGGACCUACUGAUUUCUUAUCGUUGAACAAAUUAUGUUAAUUGGAUUGAAAUUUCUCAGCCUCAGCACUACUUUUAAAUUUAAUCUGCAUCAUUAGUAUCUUCUCCAUCGAUUUCUUAAAUCUAGACCUGUGCUGUCCAAUAUGGCAGUUGCUGGACAAUUUGGCUGCUGAGCACUUGAAAUGUGGCUAGUUUGAAUUGAGAUAUGCUUUAAGUAUAAAAUACACAGCAGAAUUUGAAGAGUUAAUAUGAAAAAAGAUUGUAAAAUAUAUCAUUAGUUUAUAUUGAUUACUUGUUGAAAUGACAAUAUUUUGGACAUUCUGGGUUAAAUAAAAUAUGCUAUUUAAAUUAA